CCGCUAACCGCGUCAGUCAUUCACACUUCACAGUUAUAUAUUCAGUGUUUUGCUUUGUAUUGAGUAGAGAAUGUAGUCGAAUGGUACUUUGAACGAAGUAAAAACAUCUAUGCGCGUGCGGAUGUGCCUCGCCUUUGCUUUGUCCAGUGUUGCUUAAUUGAUACAGACUGUUUAUAACGAAUAAUGUGACUAGUUUUCUUAGAAAUUAUGUUUCGUAUGUGAUAAAAAGAAAUGUUUUUGUGAUGAGUGUUCAUUAAGUUAGUGGUGUGUAAAAUGGGUUUAAUAACAUCCCGUGAACAAACCAUGUUGGAUGGACCAGUCAGUACAACAAAAAGCCACCAUGUACGGCAACCGUCCACCAGAAAUCGGACAAAACCUCCAAUGCCAGAUAGAGAUGAAUUGGAGAAUAGAUUCAUCAAGGUUCUGGCAUCUAUGGACCUGCCACCGGACAAAGCAAAACUCCUGCGCAACUACGACCUGGAGAAGAAAUGGGAGAUCAUUUGCGACCAGGAUAUGGUUCAAGCGAAAGAUUCCCCGGCGCACUAUUUGAACAAACUCCGGACCUACCUCGAUCCUAAAGCCUCUAGGAGUCAUAGGAAAAGAAAAAUGGUCGGCGACUCGACCUCCACGCAAGUGUUACGGGAUUUGGAAAUAUCGCUGCGAACCAAUCAUAUUGAAUGGGUCCGCGAAUUUCUGAACGAGCAUAACCAAGGACUAGAUGUGCUGAUCGACUACCUGAGCUUUAGACUAAGUAUGAUGCGGCAUGAGCAGAGGAUAGCGCUUGCACGGAGUCAGUCCACCGAUGGUAUUAAUCAAGUCAACACUACAACAUCGGACUGCAGUGGUCCAACAGAAGGUAGUGCCACCUUAAGCUCCACAUGGAGAAGACGGGCCAGAUCAGCUGAUUCCGAAAUCGAAGGCGCUGGCAGCCCAGCUGUGGCUCGUAGAAGAACGCGACACGCCGCGAGGCUUAACAUGGGAGCAUCCACUGACGAUAUACACGUUUGCAUUAUGUGCAUGCGGGCUAUUAUGAACAAUAAGUACGGCUUCAAUAUGGUGAUACAACACAGAGAAGCGAUCAACAGCAUUGCACUAUCUCUAGUACAUCAUUCGUUACGGACCAAAGCGCUGGUACUGGAACUGCUGGCUGCCAUAUGUCUUGUGAAGGGAGGGCAUCAGAUUAUAUUAUCUGCAUUUGAUAACUUUAAGGAGGUGGUCGGCGAGCCCAGAAGGUUUCACACACUGAUGGAGUAUUUCAUGAACUACGACACCUUCCAUAUUGAGUUUAUGGUAGCGUGUAUGCAGUUCGUGAACAUAAUAGUACAUUCAGUAGAAGAUAUGAACUUCAGGGUUCACCUUCAGUAUGAGUUUACGGCGUUGAAACUUGACGACUACCUUGAGAGGUUGCGGCAUUGCGAAAGCGAAGACUUGCAGGUACAAAUAUCAGCGUACCUAGACAAUGUUUUCGACGUGGCUGCGCUCAUGGAGGACAGUGAAACCAAAACAGCUGCUCUCGAGAAGGUUAACGAACUCGAAGACGAAUUGGGACAUGCGCACGAAAGGCUGGCAGCGUUAGAAAGAGAUGCAAUAGCGAAACUGGCGACGCUCGAAUCUGAGCUUGCUCAAGUAAGGCAAGAGCGGGACCAUCUCGCCGAAGCGAGAAGACAGGUCGUUGAGGAGGUGUCAACGUUGCGGCGAGCGCAACAGGAUUCCCGUAACAGACAGUCCAUGCUAGAGUCGAAGGUGCAAGAGCUGGAAUCUCUCACUAAAUCUCUACCUCGGGGUGCCUCAAUGGGUGCAAUAUCCUCCGCGCUCUGUAACGGCAACAUGCAAAACGGUCCCACCAAUGGCCAUGUUUCCCCCCCGCACCUCACAAAUGGGGAUGUACAUUCCCGAAUUCCCUCGCCACCUGGCCCUCCAGUGCCACCUGUUCCCCCCGUGCCGCAGGUGCCCCAGGCCCCUUCGCCUCCUUUGCCCCCUCCGCCGCCGCCUCCUCCAGUGCUAAUCCCUCCCCCCGCCCCACCGGCCCCUCCUGCGCCUGGUCUUAUGCCUGCCCCUCAUCACACAGACGCAAUGACCAUAAAGAGAAAGGUGGAUACGAAGUAUAAAUUGCCAACCUUGAACUGGAUCGCGUUGAAGCCUAAUCAGGUCCGGGGCACAAUAUUCAACGAAUUAGACGAAGAGCGACCACGUCGAAGGAUUAACUUCUCCGAAUUCGAAGAGAAGUUCCGUAUCGGCGGUGCGUGCGCAGCUCUGCAACACAACGACGACACUCUGACGUCAUUCCCAAGCAAACGAUUCCGUAAACCAGACACCUUAUCCCUACUUGAACAUACGCGACUUAGGAAUAUCGCGAUCUCAAGGCGGAAACUAGACACGCCAGUCGAAAAAGUAAUGACAGCCAUAAACAACCUCGACCUCAAACAACUACCUCUGGAGAGCGUAGAGAUCCUUCAACGCAUGGUGCCCACAGAGGCCGAACAGAAAGCGUACAAGGAAUACGUAGCGGAGAAGAAAAACAUCAACCAAUUAACAGAGGAAGACAAAUUCCUGAUGCAACUCGCCAAAGUCGAGAGGAUUUCGGCCAAACUGUCCAUCAUGAGCUACAUGGGAAAUUUCUUCGACAACAUUCACUUAAUAACUCCACAGAUACACGCGAUAAUAUCCGGCUCCUCCUCGGUCAAAUCUUCGCAGAAAUUGAGGAACGUCUUGGAGAUUAUUCUCGCGUUUGGGAAUUAUUUGAACAGCAGCAAGCGUGGACCGGCGUACGGCUUCAAAUUGCAAUCUUUAGAUACGUUAAUGGAUACGAAGUCGACAGAUAAGAGGGUGUCAUUGCUGCAUUAUAUCGUGGCGACGAUAAGGCAGAACUUCCCAGAGUUGCUGAGCUUUGAUACGGAGCUGUUGUAUAUCGACAAGGCCGCUCAAGUGUCGCUAGAAAACGUUUUAGCCGACGUAGCAGAAUUGGAGCGCGGUAUGGAAGCGGCGAGACGCGAAAGUGAAGCGCGGGACACCCAUCGAUCUGCGCACGCGCACGUUCUGAGGGACUUUAUUGCGAACGCCGCGGACAAGCUACGGCGGUUACGGCACGAGACUAAACAUGCACAGGACUCAUUCGCAUCAUGCGUGGAAUACUUUGGCGAGGCGCCACGUGGCUGUGACGCCAAUACUUUCUUCUCGCUUCUCGUCAGGUUUACGAGGGCGUUUAAGCAAGCGGACAUAGAGAACGAGCAGCGUCGUCGACUAGAAAUGGCCGCGCAGCAAGCUGACCACGUCGACCCCAACAAAGUCAAGUUCGUACAGAAGAAACAACAGGAAGCUGUCAUCAACGAAUUAAAAACGAAAUCACAGGCCGUCGGCGAAAAGAAACUACUCCUACAGGACGAAGUAUACAAUGGUGCCUUAGAGGACAUACUACAUGGAUUACGAAGUGAGCCCUAUAGACGCGCUGAUGCUGUUAGACGCUCGCAAAGACGCCGAAUCAACUCCCACAGAUUAUCCAAAGGCUUAGAAGAGCUGGAUGUAUGAUAUGAGCUGGAAUCCAGCGACAAGCUGGAUUUCUCAGUACAAAACGCGGUCAUGUCUAUCAACGAACGCUGUGGCGUAAAUAAAAAACGCCGCAAAGACCUAGAAAUGGUACACAAGAAGCCGAUCGCAAUAUAUAACAUCGAAGACAAUAUUGAUUUUUGUGAUUUUCAAACCCGUAAACCCAAAAGUUCCACCUACAAAGUGGCCCCAACUGAUCACCAAGUGGAAGAAAGGUGUGAACUGAUCAAAUCCACGUAUGAUGUGAUAUCGAAAUAUACGCGAGCGAUGUUUGACAAAACAAAUGAAACGGUUGUGUGAGCGUCUGUCGUCGUAGUAUUACAAUAUUACAAGAGGGAAUAUGCGUUAUUUUCUAUAUUCAAUAUGACUUAUUAGUUAAAAAUUUAAAAAAACCAUCUCAGGCUUAUACCUAAUCAUAUUUUUAAACGUUUUGUGGCAAAUAAUUCUGGCGGAUACUAAUCUUGCGUAUUCCCUAAACAAUAGCGACUUUUUGAUUUUUUGCGCUUAGCAACACCGUUCACUAGUUGUGUGUUGCCAUUAUUGCAUAUUUCACGAAAUUACAAAAUGUAAUGUCCGUUAGUUUAUAGCCAGUAUUAAAUGUACAAAGUAUAUUCUGAUACAUAUUAAGGAACAUAUAGCCUACACUUAGAUUUUGUACCGAUAGAAUAAGCAUUUGAUACGCCCACGGUUCAUUCCACGCAUAUUUUGCUAUUUAAAUAUACAAUUUUCGACUUCUAUACAGGAUUUUUAACCCGGUAAAACGUUUUUUUAACACUAAAAUGAGACUAAAGAAUAAUUUGAAGUGUAUUUUGCGGCGUUUUUGUAGUACUUUUUUAUCUUGGUUUGUUUGUAUCCACGGUUGCCAGAUACAAAUACCACACACUGGUUUAUAUAAUUACACACACCAAUAAAUAACAAUUUUAACUGGCGGUAUGUUUGAAGACACUGUAUAAUAUAAAGUGAUAUGACUGGCAGCCCAAAGAGUUUUGAAAUAGGAAUGACUGAGGAACUUGUAUUCAUGAUGAUUAUGUAAUUUUAAAAAAAUCAAGCUUGGAUGGAGCCGCAAUUUUUAAUGUCCUUAAUUUAAAGCUAGAUUUACUUUUAAAAUAUAAAAGUUUGAUAUGCCUAAGCCUUAAAAUACGCACAUAUUUUUAAUUGUCUACUUUUUACACAUUUGGUAUUUGAAGUAUAUUUGGAAAUAGAUAAUAAUCACGAUUGUACUGUGAUUUGCGCGAACGAUUUUUGUGCAUUUACAUUUAGCAUUUGUACCUAAUGAUAGUAAUAGUUCAAAGUAUGUUAAAAUUUUUACAUGGCAAUAUUUCGCUUGUUAAAUUACCGCAUUGUGAUAUGCUGAUUAUAAAGAUCUUAAUUUUAUCAUCGACAAUAGGAUAGUCUUAUAGAAGACACCUUCAUGACAUUAGAUAAUUCUGUACAAUUUAUUUUGAUGACUUUAUAUUAUAUUGAUUUAAAAUGGGAUUGAAUGCAACUGAUCUGAUUAGAGAUAUUCAUUUUUCCAAUGUUUUGUAAAUAAUUUUAUUUGUGUAGCAACACUGAACUGAAUUGGAGCUGGUAGUGUAAAUAUAGUAUAUCUCAAGAAACUUGAGUUUUAACCUGAAAUUUUGUUUUUUUUCGGAUGAGUGUUGCCAUACUUUAAGUUAAACUUAUUUAAUGGAGAAUUAAAAUAAUAUAUUAUUUCCAGUUUGCACAGUUUGUAUUAGUGUGAAAACGCAUUAUUACCCUUUGAAUAAUUAUCCUAUGCAUAUAAAAUUCUAAAUUGGCAAGCAAGGAUAUUUUAGAAAAUACUCAGAAUAAUGUGGUUUUGCAAAUUAGGUGCUUUCCGCACAAUAUUGAGUAGUUUUAUUAUUUGGUAAACAGACGGUUCUGGUUUUUGACAGGGUUAAAGGCUAUUAGCACAAAAAGUGGUUGUUAAUGAUUUGUUAAUUGAAGUUAAUAGGGAUUUUGUUGGAGAUUGGAAGUGUGAAAAAAUAUUUACUCUCAUCUAUUUGCUAAAAUUUAUCUGGUGAAAAACAAAAUCAUUAACUGCCCAUGCAGUUAAUGAUAAUAUUAGUAAUAAUAUUUUUCCAGUAACUUCCAUUAGUUACUUGAAAAAUUAUGAUUAAAAUAUUUUUUAUUACCAAAAAGGUAAAAACAAAUAUUUGUAAAUAUGCCUUGCAUUACAUGUUAUAUGCUAACUUUUACACAGAUUUAAGAAAAUCAACAUUUACUAUGAAGAAAUUAUAAUGGCCAUGCCACUUUUAAAAUGUAUUGGAUUUUACAGGUUUAGAAAUUAAAAACUCAUUGUCACUUCCAAUCUACAACAAAUGUGUUGAAUCUCAAAUUGGAACAACUUCCCUGUAAUGUGUUUGUGAUUUAUAGUUGAAAGUUUUAAUAUUUUCGCUCAUUGCAUGUACGCUAGAGUUAGAGACAGUAUUCAGUGAUGCAAUAAACAAACAUUUUACAAUG